AUGGAUCAUAGCUGGAAAAAUGCAGUUAAAGAAAUGGCCGGUGUAACCGGAAGCGAAUCAACAUCUCGUUUAACUGAAGAGAUGAAAGCUACAAUUUCCGAGGAAGUCGGAAAAGCCUUAGAAGCUAGUCUACCGCAGUUCCUCGAUAGACUACAAACUACGCUCUUAGCGGUAAUAGACGAUAAGAUGAAUGAAAAGAAAGAUGCGGGGGUAUUUGAAAUAACCCAUUGUGAUGAGACUGAUUUUGUGGCAUACGGAACCGGUCAGUUAACAGGCCAAGCAAAGGAUUGGUGGGAUAAUCUGAAGAAGGAACUGGGAAUUAAGGCCACGAGAACUAUGACGUGGGAAGAAUUCAAACCACCGUUCCUUAGACACCAUAGCCCAAAAGCUGUAAUCAAUAGGAUUAAAGAAGAGUUUUUCCCGCUAAGGCAUAGUGGUGAGUCGAUAGAGAAGAUUACGGGAAUCUUUCUUGAUAAGCUCAGGGAGUUUAUGACUCCUUCAAAAUAUGGGCGUCUUACAGAGAUAGCGAAUGCCACACGUGAAAGAGAGAUUGAGUUGAAAAAGCAGAUCGAUAGGGGUGAGAGGAGAGCGUUUGAUAAAAACCCAAUCCCCGCAAAGAAACAAAAGCUGAACGAAGCUCCUAAGAAAGGCGCUGAGAAAGGGGGGAUACCUCAAUGCAAAAUUUGUGGAAAGAAUCAUAAGGGCGAAUGCUAUUUUAAAAACAAACCAUGUCCUACGUGUGGCAAAGUGGGACAUGUGGUUGCAAAUUGCCCAGGGAAGGUGUCAGUAUGCUAUAAAUGUUACAAAUCGGGACACAAAAAGUUCGAGUGCCCGGAGUUAGUUGGAGCCAGAGACACCACUGAUGCAAAGCCUGAUGCCCAGAAAGCAAAGGCAAGGUCUUUCCACAUGACAGCCACUGAGGCUAAAACUGAACCUGAUGUUGUUUCAGGUAUAUUUCUUGUAAAUUCAAUUCCAGCACGAAUUUUAUUUGAUACGGGUGCAAAUAGAUCUUUUAUAUCACGUCAAUUUAUUCAACACCCUAUAUUCACAUAA